GAUAGAUUUUCAGUUUGAUUUAAACUUUUCAUUUGCAUGUGCUACGAUUGUUACUUACACAAAAAUAAAAAAUAAAAAAUAGGAAAAAAAACGACGACAACGUAUACUAGCGAGUGCAUUGGAUUGAUUUUAUCCUGCUUUCCAUUUUCCAGCUGCAACAACUUGCAACACAUUUGCACAACUGCAGUCAGAGCUGAUCUGAGGAUUCCAAUUCGAUUUGUGCUAAAGCAGACCACAACAACAAUAACAACAGACAAGACAACACAUGCAAUUUAACAACGAUAAUCCAUCACCAGCUAUGGAGUCACACUUUGCUCUGGAACUAGAUAACCGACUGCUGUGGCUGCGCUACAUCAUCAGCAAUCUGAUAGGCGUCUACGAUCCCGAUAGUGUAACUGCAUUGAUAGAUAAUCACUUUGAAGAGUUCACACACUUUCUGAAUGACAAAUGUCUGCGCAAUUCCGAUAUCAGAUUGGUGUUGCUGACUGUGUGGCGCACUUACUAUGACAAGAUGGUCGAAAAGGAGAUCACAGUGCUGGAGGAAGUAAUUGAGCCACCACCACCAAGAAUUUCAAAGUUCGAAAAGGCUGGUAAAAAGAAAGGCAAACCGCCACCCAAAGCUGGCAAAGGUAAAGCUGCCAAACAUGCGGCAGCGCCGUCAGCGCCGUCAGCACCAUCAGCACAACCCACGACGGACGAAGAAUCACCCGGCGAGACAGGUGGCAUCACCGAUACCGAUGGUGGCACAAGUGUAGCGCCAACUACAACAACAGAGGGUGGUCAGACUACAGAAUUUGAAGGCGAAAGUCCCGAUGAAGGCGUACAAAGCGCUGUCAGCUCGGUUAGAACCGAAACCGCCAGCAAAAAAGGUGGCAAGAAGAAGCGACGCAGCACACGCCGAAGAACGACACAGAAGCCAACAAUCAGAUAUGUGGAAGUGAAGAAAACAGUACAGGAGUACGUAAAGACUCCACGUGUCCACUGCCACUUUGGUGAUAUUGACUCUAGCAAUCUUGAUCCGAACAUUAAAUACGUAUAUGUACUGCGUAAAGAUCCAUAUGGCAUACGUAAGUAA